AUGGUUCCAAGACAAGAGCAACACGCUCGACCACCACCUGCACCACGCUUAUGGUCGCGUCUUUCGACUCUGUCAAAACGCUCCUUUCGCUCCUUCACCUCCGACUUUGAGGCCGAUGACGAACGUUCCGAUACAGAUUCCGACUUCGACAGAAUGAGCGGCAGCAGUAGUGACGGUUUCCUUCACGGCCCAGGUCGUUACAAAGGCGAAGACACUCGGCCCACGAGCCAGAAAGAGCUGUCUGGUUGGUAUGCCUACGCCUUUGCUGCCGAAACCUAUGUCAUCUGUGCUAUCGGUUCUUUCAUCCCAAUCCUCCUCGAGACCCUCGCCCGCGAAAAUGGCGUCCUACUGUCUGAUCGAACAACCCCAUGUGGUACGAGCGAUUCGAAAAACAAAACUGAUGGACAAUGCGUCGUGUAUCCUCUGGGUAUCGAGAUCAACACGGCGAGUUUCGCCAUGUACACGUUCUCCAUCAGCGUCCUGCUGCAGGUUCUCCUCGUUGUGAGCGUCAGCAGUGCCGCAGAUCAUGGCAACUCGAGAAAGAAGCUUUUGCUCACGUUCGCCUGGGUUGGAAGUUUCUCCGUCAUGGCCUAUAUCUUUGUCAACAAGACCACCUACCUCCUCGGUGCUCUGCUGGCUAUCGUUUCGAACACAUGUUUUGGCGCCUCAUUCGUGCUCCUCAACUCAUUCUUACCGCUAUUGGUCCGGCAUCAUCCGGAAGUGAUUGCCUCCGAGACUGUUCACACUCCCGACUUGGGACACUCGGACCUGGAAUCGCGACCUCUCAAUGGUUCUUCCUUUGACGAAGAUUCCGCCGCUGCCGAGGUUGAAGACCAGCAUUCACCCUUACUCGGUGGGCAUGGAAACGGAAACGGAAACGGAGGUUACCCUCUGGUUCGGAAAGCUACUCACGAGGAGCUUACUUCGGUCGAGCUCCAGCUGUCCACUCAGAUUUCCGCCAAGGGAAUUGGCAUUGGCUAUAUUGCCGGCCUAUUCGUGCAGUGUGUUGCUAUCGCCAUAGUGAUUGCACUGAAAAACACUACCUGGUCGCAAAGGGUCGCAUUGUCUUUUUGCGGUCUUUGGUGGGCCGUCUUCACGAUCCCUGCUGCCAUGUGGCUCCGCCCUAGGCCAGGUCCACCAAUGCCCAUCACGUCGGGCAAAGGAAUCCGAGCGUGGCCGACCUAUGUGGCUAUGGCCUGGAAAUCGUUAUUCAACACUGUCCGGCUGGCUCGUCGCUUGAGAGACAUCGUUCUGUUUCUAUGCGCAUGGUUUUUGGUUAGUGACGCGAUUGCAACGACGUCUUCCACGGCCAUAUUAUUCGCCAAAACGCAACUCCACAUGAAGCCUUGGGCUUUGGGUAUGAUCAAUGUGAUCUCCACUAUAGCCGGUGUUAUCGGUGCCUUCAGCUGGGCCUUCAUUUCACGCAAGUUCCAUCUGAAGCCACAUCAGACAAUCCUUGUCUGUAUCGGUCUCUUCGAGCUCAUUCCGAUCUACGGACUUCUCGGAUAUUUGCCGAUUGUGCAGAGAUGGGGCGUUAUCGGACUCCAGCAACCGUGGGAAAUGUAUCCCCUAGCUGCCGUGUACGGACUGGUGUUGGGAGGCUUGAGUUCGUAUUGCAGAUCGCUGUACGGCGAGCUGAUCCCCGAGGGAAGCGAAGCAGCCUUUUACGCUCUAUACGCUGCUUCCGACAAAGGUUCGAGUGUUUUUGGGCCUGCAAUUGUCGGAGCCAUUAUUGAUCAGUCUGGUGAUAUCCGGCCGGCGUUUUGGUUCUUGGCGGCAUUGGUUGGGCUUCCGGCGCCUCUCAUCUGGAGUGUGAACGUGGAGCGGGGCAAACGGGAGGGCCAGAAACUUGCAGAGACGAUUGAGGGAUUCAAGAGUCUACAGGGCGAAAUCGGCAGCGAGACUGAGGACAGCGACGACCGCCCGAUUCUCAGUGCCUAUGAUGAUGAGGAGGAAGAAGUCGAACACGAGCAUAACCGGACCAGGGGUGAUUGA